AUGAGAGCGGCUACAAGUUCAAUCUCAAUAAAGUUUCACCGUCAGCCGAUCCGAUCUUUCCAAUCGUGCACUUUCUUGAAAUACACGGCCAAUAAACAGCAGCCCGAACGGCCCGGCAAAGCACCAACGACAAACUUACCUCGAGAUCAAAGCCAGCCUGCUGCAAACCCUUACGUUGCAACGCAGGCAAAGCCCCAGGAACCAGCAUCAGCUUCGGCGUCUCCGCACACAUUAUUCGGGCGCAAAGUGUCAACCUCGGAAUUGUCCAUGCUUCGCUCGCUCGUGCGCACAAUCUGGCCCAAGAACAACCCCAAAUUCAAAAUCAGAGUCAUUGUGGCCGUGUCCUUGCUUAUCGGAUCAAAACUACUCAAUGUGCAAGUGCCAUUUUUUUUCAAACAGAUUAUAGACCAAAUGAACGUCAACUGGGCCGACGAUGUGGGGCUACUUGCUUCAGUCGUAGGCUCGCUCAUCUUGGCUUAUGGUGGAGCAAGAUUUGGUGCUGUGCUAUUUGGAGAAUUGCGCAAUGCAAUUUUUGCUGGGGUUGCGCAAAGUGCAAUCAAGCGAGUUGCCUCCGACACUUUCCAAAGAUUGUUGAACAUGGACUUGCAGUUCCACUUGUCUCAGCAAACGGGCGGGUUAACUAGAGCCAUCGACCGUGGUACCAAGGGGAUCAGCCUGGUUUUGUCUGCCAUGGUGUUCCACAUCAUCCCGAUAACUUUUGAAAUCAGCAUCGUGUGCGGGAUAUUGAGCUGGAACUACGGUGCUUCGUUUGCAGCAGUGACGUUUGCCACCAUGCUCGCAUAUCUGAUAUUCACGAUCCAGACCACGGCCUGGAGAACGAAAUUUCGAAGACAGGCCAAUAAUGCCGAUAACCAAGCGGCCUCAGUGGCACUCGACUCGUUGAUCAACUACGAAAGUGUCAAGAUCUUCAACAAUGAGCUGUUUCAAUGCGAAAAAUACAACCGGGCCUUAACCAAAUAUGAACAGGCUAGCGUGAAAGUUGCCACCAGUUUAGCCUAUUUGAAUGCGGGGCAAAACUUUAUAUUCACGCUGGCGUUGACGGCGAUGAUGUAUAUGGGAUGUCAAGGUGUAGUAAGUGGCGGGUUGACCGUGGGUGAUUUGGUCUUGAUUAAUCAAUUGGUGUUCCAAUUGAGCGUGCCACUAAAUUUUUUGGGAAGCGUCUAUCGAGAUAUGAAGCAAAGUCUCUUGGAUAUGGAAAACUUGUUUCAGUUGCAGAAUGUACCAAUCAAAAUCAAGGACCCCGAACAAGGAGCCUCGGAUUUGGUCUUGCAUGACAAGUUCCCCGGUGAAAUCAGAUUUGAAAAUGUCACAUUUGGAUACCAUCCAGAUCGACCUAUUUUGCAAGAUGCAACCUUCACCAUCCCCGCAGGCGAGAAAGUUGCCAUUGUUGGUCCCAGCGGUAGCGGGAAAUCUACAAUUUUGAGACUAGUGUUUCGGUUCUACGACGUUGACAAAGGGCGAAUCUUGAUUGAUGGUCAAGAUAUUGGCAAAGUGUCGUUGGAGUCAUUGAGAAGGAAAAUCGGGGUUGUGCCACAGGAGACACCGCUUUUCAACGAUACCAUCAGGGAAAAUAUCCGAUAUGGAGACUUGGACUCUAGUGACCAACAGAUCAACGACGCCGUUUCGGCAGUGCAACUAGAAAAACUUAUAGAUGAUCUCCCCGAUGGAUUAGAUACCAUCGUUGGUGAGCGAGGAAUGAUGAUUUCAGGCGGCGAGAAACAGCGCUUGGCCAUUGCUCGUCUUUUGCUUAAAAACGCCCCCAUCACCUUUUUCGACGAGGCUACUUCGGCCUUGGACACCCACACGGAGCAAUCGCUUCUCAAGACCAUUCGUGGCAUUUUCAAAAAGGACCAAAAGACCAAUGUUUCCAUUGCUCAUAGAUUGCGAACCAUUGCUGACGCUGACAAGAUUAUCGUUUUGAACAAAGGCAGAGUGCAAGAGGAAGGCAAACAUGCCGAGUUGUUGAGCGAUGAAAACAGCUUGUAUGCUCAAUUAUGGAACAUUCAGGAAAAUUUGGACAUUGAAGAAGAAUUGAAACAUGAAGAGGAGGAAAGGAUCCGAGAGGAAGAAGAGAAGGCGAAGAAGAUCUUUGAGGAAGAAAAGAGACGCAAUGGUGUGGAUCGGUGA